AUGUCCAUGUUAUCUUCAAGCUUUAAAGGGUUAGUUGCUGGAUCAAUAAUUACUCCAGUUGUUACUAAAUUUUUCAUUGUUCCUUAUUGUUUUGAUAAUCAAGUUUCCAAAGAAAUUCAUUAUAUACAACAAGAAAUGGAAUUUGUUGGAUGGAAUGUAAGACACUUACAGGAAGAGAAAGGAUUCAAGGAAGAUGAAUUAUAUCAACCAAUUGGGUAUCAUGGUUUUCAACAUUAG